AUGGCGGCGGUGGGCCCAGUCCGCAGCCUGUACCAGGACUCGGAGGUGGAGCCCAGCGCCAGCCUCGGGGGCGGCCGGGCCGCAGACCGCGGCGGCCUGAGCAGGGCGACGUUCGGCGACCAGCGGUGGGAGAGCGCGGCCGCCUACCUGCGCGCCCACGGCCUCGCGACGGAGGGCGCGGUGCGGGAGAUCCUGCUGGAGGGCGCCGCGGCCUUCGGCUCGUGGCGCCUCUCGGACGCGGCGCUGGACCCGCUGGUGCACCAGGUGCUCGGCGCCGGGGGCGCGGGCCUCUCGCCCGGGCUGGAGAGCUGGGUGGGCCAGAGCCGUGCGGCCGCGGAUGCGCCGCUGCAGCGGGAGAGGACGGUGGACCUGCGCCUGGCACGCACGCUCACCGUCAGCGGCCAGGAGCCGCCGGACCCCGAGGCGGCCCAGGGCAUCCGGUUCCGCGGCACAGGCGGGCCCAGCAGGGACCGCGGGCGGGGCGACGUCAUGGAGGAGUGGGCGGGGGUUGUGGACGCGAUCACCCUCCGGCGCUUCAAGUGGGGGCUUGCCCUGCUCAUGACGGUCGUCUCCUUCGCCAACGCGAUCUGGGUCUUCUUCGUCAAGUACGCUGGAAUCCUGGAGCUCUUCACGUGGCCGAUCAUUUUCGCGCGAGCCGGAGGCCUUGGAGCAGCGAUGCUCACCGGCCUGCUGUACUUGACCAUGGCCCGCACAUUCAUGAAGCAGUUUUACAAGUUCCACGGGGUGAGCAGCAAGGUGCUCAUGGUGCUCGAUGGACACAAGGACGUGCACAUCUUCCUUGGGCGGUGCCUCGUUGUUACCUCGGCCGUCCAUGUCUUGGCACACCUCCUCUCUACCGUGCCGGCUUUGCGGUACGUCACCGCCGAGAGGCUCAACGCAUUCCUCGCGUGCGCCAACAGGGAAGAAGCGCUGAGUGGCAUGCCCUCGUUCGACCUGCUGCAGUGGCCCGCGUGCCCGCUCGAGAUCUCCAGCGAGGGCAUGGGCUGGCGCCUCCUGUGGCAGUCCACUCCCGGAGUCACCGGCCUGAUGCUGACAGGGCUGAUGGCCCUGCUCGCCUGGACGGGCAGGGCGCGCGCGCGCUCCGCGAACUUCGAGCGCUUCUGGUACGCGCACAACUUCGCCCUGGUCGCGUGGCCGCUCCUGAUGUUCGUGCACGGCUCCAACCAGUGGAUCGGGGUCGGCUUCCCCCUCGUCGCCUUCACCACCUCGGUGCCCCUCUGCCUGUACCUGGUGGACAGGGUGGGGCGCCUGCUGCGCUUCUACGCGUUCGGGGGCAGGGCGGUGCAGAUCGCCGACGCGGUGAUCCGGCCCGGCAAGGACGGCGGCCCCAGCGGAGCGCUGACCCACCUGGCGGUCACGAGGCCCACGGGCCUGUGGACCUUCGCCCCGGGCAUGUACGCCUUCGUCUGCCUGCCAGAGUAUGCCCCGCUGCAGUGGCACCCUCUCACCAUCUGCUCGGGCAAGAACGACGAGUACGUGGAGUUCAUCGUCGCGGGCGUGGGCGACUGGACGCAGGAGUUGGCCGCCAGGUGCCUCGGGGCGCAGGGCGGCUCCGCCCCACUCCCCCGCAUCGCGCUCGACGGCCCCUACGCCGCGCCCGCGCAGAUGGCCCUGUCGCGCCCGAUCCUCGUGGCGGUGGGCGCUGGCGUUGGCAUCACGCCGUUCCUCUCGCUGAUGUCUUCGCUCAUCUCCCUGAUCGAGGACAGCUCGGAGAGCAAGGCGCUGCCUCUCAAGGAGGCCCACUUCUUCUGGGUGACCCGCAGCGUGGACGAGUUUCUGUUCGGAAGGAGGCAUCUGACGCGGAUAGCCCAGUCCCACCGCUUGCGCCAGAAGGUCCACCUCCACUUGCACGCGACGGCGCGCGAGUCCGACAAGGACCCCGCCGCGUACCUCUUCCGGGAGGCGGUCAAACGCCAGAGCAAGGUGGAUCAGGCUGCGUUCAGCGACGAGUUCGACACCCACAGGGUGUUGACGGCUCCGCAGCUACCCUGGUGCUGGGUCAACGGUUCCGAGCUGGACGUGAUGUGGCUCAGCGACCUGACGACGGCGAGCUCCGACAUGGAGGAGGAGGUGCAGGCUCGCCAGCCCAUCUCGCAGACCCUGAAGCGCAUCGAGCUGCACGUCUCGAAGGCCAGCGACCCGAGCCGGCGGCUGCCGCCGCUGACGUCGGUGCUGGAUGCCUCGCUGGCCUCUCGGCCCUCCUCGCGGUCCUCGCCCGCGGGCCGGUCCCCGCCCGCGGGCCGCCAGCUCCCUCCCGGCUCGCAGGACUGGGCGGAGAGCCUCCUGUGGAGCCAGAGCAGGCUGCGCGGGCGCUCCCAGCUGGCGCGCUCCGGGGUCGGCCUCCGGGCCGACAGCGCCGCCGGGCACGGCGUCCCCGCGGCCGCCGCGGAGGGCAGCGGCGGGCCCCCGGCGGAGGGGCCGGGCGGCGCCGGGGGCGCGGCGCCGCUCGUGCCGGUGGCCUUCGGCCGCCCGGACUUCGAGACGGAGCUCCGGGCCAUCGGCAUGCACUGGGGCUGCCAGGAGAAGGUGCACAUCUACGUCUGUGGCAACGAC